AUGUCACAACGAUCUAGCCAAGGUCCUUUUACGCAAGGCCCGCCAGAGGUGAUCAUGAUCGACGAUUCGGAUGACGAAGAGCUUCCACCAGUAUCUAGCAUCGUUAGCACCUCGCGCAAUACCUUGAGUGGUCAGACGAAGCAAGAAGCAGUUUUGAUCACUUCCGAAGAAUCUGAUUCUGCGCAAGCCGAAGAGAUCUCUGGCAGCGUGGAAGCGUUCCCGCAAGAAGCGCCAGCUGCGGGGCAGCCACAAGCAACGCUGCACGCCCAAAGACAGAUCGUCACAAAUGCUGCCAACGCAGGCGAAGAUGUGGAAAUGGAAGACGCUGCGCAAGGUCCCUCAUCCCGCUUGGCCACACCACCACCUCCACAAGCGAUCGACUCCGCACCUGGAGAGCAGGUGGAAAGUGCAGCGGAGCCUCGCAGCGUUGCGAUAUCCACCGCACUCGCAGGUCCUGGUAUCAGGCUAGCAGAUGUGCUCAAGAGCCCUGCACUGCCAGAGCGUAGUCUUUCCUCGGUCUCGCCCGGCCGAUCGCAGACCCACUCUCACGCUGGCCCCUCAGUGCUCAUGGAUGGCAGUCGGCCACGCGCCAUGGGGAGCGUCCAAGGAGAGGUACCCUAUGAAGAGGCGCUGCAGGCUGCGGCUCGCGCUACUGCGGCUCAGCGGACAGCAGACCCAGCCCAAUCGGUGCGGCCUGUCGCAAACACUGUCAUCUCGAGCACAGUGCAGAGAUUCGAUCGCGACUCGACAUCAGAGGCCUCUGCCUCGCCAGUCAGAGCACUAGCAGAGCCGGCCACCACUUCAGCAUCAAGCGAGAUUGCCGACGCGAAGGGGCCCGCUGAUCCGUCUGAGGCGAAGGCUUCAGAUGCCCAUGUAAUCACUUCAGAACCCCAGAGAACGCCAGCAUGGCAUCCCCAGGGAGUUCUCUACCCUGAAAGUAGAAGCAUUUCGACUCCUCAGGAGCUGAUCGACCUCGUUGCUGAUCCAGAUCCUUCUCUAGACCUUACCGCAGUGGCGGAACUUGCACGAGGUCUUCCAGCCGGGCCAGGUGGGGUAGGCAUGUCGGCCUCCAUAGAUCUCGCAGAAAGCGGCGAAUUGCUGUUACGGACAUUGCAGGCUUCGAAUCUUCAGCUGGCUGCUGCUCAAGUCUUGCAGUACGCCCCUUCCGUACAACCAAGACAUGGACUUCCCGCUCAUGCUGAUGUGCUGAGAACAGGACUGGUCUACUCUCCUGCCAUGAUGCUGCACUGCCCGCCGCAAAACAUGGACGAGGAUCCAGAAGUGUACGAUCGGCAUCCUGAACAACCCAAACGAAUCUCUGAAAUUUAUCAGAAAUUGGUUGCGCAUGGUUGUGCAAUGAGAAUGAAGAAGAUCAAUAUUCGCGAGGUCAAGAAAGAGGAGACCAUGCUAGUACACGAGGAAGGCGUUUGGGAUGGCGUCGAAAUUACUGCAUGUGAGUGAGAGCAGUGGCUAGCACGCAUGAUGUUGAGAACGGCAGACUGACCUCAUGGCUCUCUCGCGUCUUUGUGUCAGUCCAUACUCUGGAUGUGCUGGGCCUGAUCUCGCAGCAACUUGAGGCGUCUUCAUCCCUAUACAUCAACCAGCACAGCGCCAAGUGUGCACGGCUAAGUGCUGGGGGCGUAAUUGAGAUGGUCGAUGCUGUGGUCUCGGGUACCAUCAGGAAUGGCUUUGCAAUCGUCAGGCCUCCGGGCCAUCAUGCAGAGCCCUCGAAGAGCAUGGGCUUCUGUUUCUACAAUAACGUGGCUAUUGCGACAAAGUGGGUCAUGGAGAAGUAUAGGAAUGCGCCCAAGCCCGUGAAAAGGGUUCUCAUCCUGGAUUGGUGAGUGCAGCAUCGUGAGCUAAAGCGGAGAACCGCGAUUUUGUGCUGAGGAAAUGUGGCGCAACGUCCACCAGGGACGUGCAUCACGGAAACGGUACACAAGACGCCUUCUGGUCAGAUCCCAACGUGCUCUACAUAUCCGUACAUCGACACGAAGACGGCAAAUUCUUCCCUGGAGGAGAAGAUGGCGGCAUGGACAAGGUGGGAGGGGGCGCGGGCUGCGGCUUCAACGUCAACAUCCCUUGGCCAGCCGCGGGCAUGGGUGAUGGAGAGUACAUUGCGGCAUUUCAACACAUCGUCAUGCCCAUCGCGUAUGAGUUCAACCCGGACCUUGUCAUCAUCAGUGCAGGCUUCGACGCCGCUUAUGGGGACCCGCUUGGAGAAUGUUUAGUCCUGCCUGCCGCCUAUGCCCACAUGACGUACAUGCUCAGUGGACUGGCCGAAGGGAGGUGUGUGGCUGCGCUCGAAGGCGGAUACAAUCUGGAGGCUAUCGCCAACUCUGCUCUGAAGGUGACCGAGACGCUGCUCGGCGAUCCGGCUCCAAUGCCGGCUAAUCUCACUUGCAACGCGCUUGCCUCGGCGACCAUCAGACAGGUAAAGAGGGCCCAAUCGAGGUAUUGGAAGAGCAUCCAUUGGGACGACAACGAUCCUGCAGCCUACGACGAUGCUGGCUUGCCAGCCUACUCUCUCUCUGAUGUCUUGCGAUCGCAUCGAGAGGCGGAGCUGCUCAGUACGUUGCCUCUUGCCCUCAUUCCGAUGGGUGCCUUGGAGGCACCCAUCGUGGACGAGACAGGAGUAGUGAGAGGCAAAGCUCGCAACGUCAUGACUCUUCCGCAGAGUAAGGAGGAUGAUGAUGAAAGGCAGUAUGAUUAUCGAGGGAGUGUAAUAUGCAGUGCCGAUCUACUUGACCGUACGCCGCCGCGCAAGGUGAGUUGCAGCGAUUGCAACAAAGUUGUUCACGAACUUGACAAGGAGACACCCCGGGAUGCCUAGACGAUCUUGCUUUUCGCUCAUAGCCUUGGCGAUGUGCGUAUCGAGCGCCCGGGACUCGACAUUUACGCUGAAAAGGAAGCAGCGCACCUUGUCGAUGCCAGCCGCAGCAUCUUGGAGUGGGCUCUGGCACGAGACAUUGGCAUUCUGGAUGUCAGUGUGCCUUCUCUAUCAGCAUCGAACGAGCAUGCUGUGGACGUAGUCGCAUCUGGAGAGGCUCUAUCCCGCCUUCAGAAGGUGCAAUCGGCCGCCGACAAGUUGCUGCUGUACAUCUGGGACAAUUACCUCUCGCUUGUGCUGGGAGCCAAGACCGACGUCAUCUUGAUCGGGCAUGGCUCCGCAUGCGAAGCCAUCAUGACUCUCUUAAAGAAUCGCGAACCGACCCAAUUCACCAAUCAAGUCAAAGCAGUCGUACAUGUCCUCGCGCACAGCACCAUACCGGUUCUGCCAAAGGAUAGGCCCGAGCUGAGAGCGUGGUACGGCCGGGUCUCUAGAGUGUUCCUGCCCCACGAUCACGCACUCUUUGCGGUUGGGGCGCAAGAGCGUUUCGGGCGAAGGCUUGGUAACAUCGAACGUGCUCGUGAGUCUGAAACGCGUGCCUUGCUGCUCUCACUUCAAUGAGCGUCGGCUGAUGAGUCGUGGGUUCACAUUGCCCCAUCGAAGCUGCUGCGGCCCCUGGUACGAGGGAGCGUCCGAUUGACCUGCUCCAUCGCGCAGCUCCAGACAUUCUGCAAUUCAUCGAAAACCAACUUGCGGCCCCUAUCCUCAACGGCUCUGCAGGGCUGCAACCAAAGAAGACAUCCAGCGCUGCACCUCUCGCAUCGCCGCGAGAUUCUUUGCACCCUGGUGGUAUGCCCAACGGCUCGGCUCCGAUGGUUCCUGAUUCAGACGACGUGGUGUUCGUGAGCUCAGCACAGUCAUAA